UCACAAGGGCCCACAAGCCCCUACACUCGUGGUUCUUAUCACGAGCUGCUGCCGCCCUUCCCCCCCGGCCCGUCCCAAGCAGCUCCAUUAUCAGUCGUUUCUGCCCCGGAUCUGCCUGGUUUGGCUUCUCGAGUUCACGGAUCUCCUGUUCAAUUACCAUCCUAUUCUCCCCCCAAUUGGGUUGCUUAGCUCACUCUAUCUGUCAGUCGGCGCCUCUUGCUGCAAUGCAACUGACAUCGUCAACUACCCACAGCCCCAGCAGCAUGAAAUAUUAGCCCUCAUUCCACCUACCGAUAUCCUCGAUAGCAGCCAUGUCGAACACUGGGAGGGCGUCGCCUCUACCGACUCCGAUCCCGUCGUCUCCAGCUGGCCGGUCCCUCAGCGCAUCUGUCCCACGUGCCGAGUCCACAGCUCGCCUCGCCUCGCCGGUACCCGGACUUGGUAUAUCUCCCGCACAACGGGCUGCCACCUCGGAAGGCGGUGGCGAGGGAAGCUCGGGAUCUUUUACCCCCCUGGCCGGCGCAGGACCCAAUGCUCUGGGGCCCGGUGUGUCCGCUCUAGCUGCGGCAUUAUCCCACUCGCUCGGCACUUCACCACCCCGGUUCGGAACGCCUCCCGUUCGACCAGUGUCCCCAUCCACUGCCGGGACCCAGCUCCUUUCCUCUGCAACCCCGACAAAUUAUGGAUCGUUCGACAGUAGGCCCCGGCACCUGCAAGGGGCCGCGGGAACAGGCGGUUAUGAAGACGCAGAAAUUGUGAAGAGGCAUCUUGUCCAGCCCGCCGAUACGGCAUCCAACCAUUCGGGGCACAGCAAGCCGGCCGACGGUUCGAAGGGGAAGGGGACAGCGGACCACGACACUAUCGGACGAGGUGAUGAUGACGGCUUCUCGAGCUUAAGGCUCCAAGGUGGAGAUAUCACGCGGCCCAUCUACAAAUGGACUGAAGAGGCCGAGUCACGAAAUCGCACGCAACGGAGUAAGAGCUUCAUCAUGUCGAGGCCAGAGGCAGAGACGGAAGUUUUCGACAUAAACGCAAUCAAGGUUCCGGGCGGCUUUAGGCGCAAUUUCCUUCGGCGGGCUGCUGAGGAUCCGUCUGCAAAUCCAGACGACCUAGAUUCUGGAGAGGGCAGCAGCCGGAGGUCGCCGCAACCACGGCUUCUGACGUCGAGCUUUUUGGAAUUCUUGACGAUUUAUGGCCACUUCGCCGGCGAGGAACUUUUGGAGGAUGACGAAGUCCUGAAGCCUGGCGAGUAUUUCACCUCGGGAAGUGAGGAGGAGUAUCUCUCGAGCGACGAGGGGUCGGACGAGGAUCGCGAACCGAUGGAAGACAGCACCCUCCUCACGCCAUCGCGACGACGGAGGAGGAGGAAACCCCGCGGGGGGAGCGGCAAGAACAGCCCCACGAAUGCCGUACUUUUGCUCCUCAAGUCCUUCGUUGGCACCGGCGUCCUCUUUCUGCCGCGGGCGUACCUCAACGGUGGGAUGCUUUUCAGCAACGUUGUCCUGUUAGGCGUGGCGGCCCUGAGCUAUUACUGCUUCGUCCUCCUAGUCACCACUCGGUUGAAGGUCGAGGGCUCGUUUGGCGAUAUCGGGGGGAUCCUCUACGGGAAGUGGAUGAGGAACCUCAUCCUCGCCUCCAUCGUCAUCAGUCAGCUCGGCUUCGUCGCGGCCUAUAUCGUCUUCACAUCCGAGAACCUGCAGGCGGUCAUUCUGGCCGUAUCAGAUUGCAAGACCCUGAUCGAAAUCAAAUGGCUGAUCGUCAUGCAAAUGGUCGUCUUUCUGCCUUUCUCCUUGCUGAGGGAUAUCGGCAAACUUGGCUUCACGGCACUCAUUGCCGAUGCCUUCAUUGUCGUCGGCUUGGCAUACCUCUUCUACUACGACGUUCUGACCCUCAAUACACAGGGUCUGGCCGACAUCAUCCUCUUCAACAAGAAGGAUUGGACCCUUUUCAUCGGGACUGCCAUCUUCACGUUCGAAGGAAUUGGCUUGAUCAUACCCAUUCAGGAGUCAAUGAGGCAUCCGGAGAAGUUCCCUAAAGUGAUGUUGCUGGUGAUGGUCAUAAUCACGACCCUCUUCGUCACCAUGGGCGCCUUCUCAUAUGCCGCAUACGGAUCGAAAACGGAGACGGUCGUCCUCCUGAACCUGCCGCAGGACAACAAGCUCGUCAACGGCGUCCAGUUCCUCUACUCGAUCGCCAUUCUCCUGUCCACCCCUCUCCAGAUAUUCCCGGCGAUCCGCAUCAUGGAGAAUGCUCUCUUCACCAAGAGCGGCAAAUAUAACCCGUAUAUCAAGUGGCAGAAGAACGUUUUCCGCUUCUUUGUUGUGGCCAUGUCCGCAGCCAUUGCCUGGGGCGGCGCCGACAACCUGGACAAGUUUGUAGCGCUUGUAGGCAACUUUGCCUGCAUCCCGUUGGUAUACAUCUAUCCCCCCAUGCUACACUACAGGAGCGUGGCGAGAAACAGGUUCUGGAGAAUAUCGGACAUCGCCCUGUGCGUGUUUGGCGUCAUCGCGAUGGUCUACACGACUAGUCUGACGGUCAUGAGUUGGGCGAGUUCGGGCGGCGUACGGUUGCCUGGUUACUGUGACGAGAAGGGACGGUAAGGCUGGAGGCGUGGUUCACAAUAUGUUCUCUUUUAUAGAUGUAUGUAUGUGGACAGUGACACAGAGCAUUAUUUGGCAUCAGCAUUGGGAUUACAGAAGGGGGGGUUGGAGCAGCAUGAUAGAGUGCCAGGGUUUUGCCAUACAUAAGGUAUGCCCUGUAGAUUGAAGACGAGGAUGGCUUUUAGAGAAUAGUACCAACAGCGUCAUCCUGACUCCCUCCCAUCCCUUCUCUUUCACCAUCAGUUUUCUCUCACUCUCUUCAAGAUUAAGAACCUAAUUAAAUUCCAACGAUACAAUACCGAUGCAUCGUCACUAGGACAGCACAAAACUGACUUUGGAUGGUAUCGGAACCUAACAGGUGAAUGACUGACGACUUUUACUAUCAGUGGCAAUCUGUGAAGGAAAGGUAAGGUAGGGAGUGAAUUUAAG